UCAGAGGAGUAAGCACCCUAAGGCCGAGCUGCAGAGCUGUCUAUGGCCCCAGGCUGACCAGUAGACAUGGCUCAAUUUGGCCAGGUCCUGGCUGAAAUAGGCGACUUUGGUCGCUUCCAGAUACAGCUGGUGAUGCUGCUGUGUAUUCCCGGCUUCCUGUCCGCUUACUACAUGUUUGCCCAGGUCUUCAUGAUCCAGCAUGAGGCCCACCACUGCUCAGUAGCCUGGGUCAAGAACCACACUUUGAACCUGAGUGCGGCUGAACAGCUGACACUGAGCGUGCCCCUGGAUGCUGCAGGCAAGCCUGAGUCCUGCCUUAUGUUCCGGCCGCCCCCUGACGACGCCAGCCUGGAGGACAUCCUCAGCCACCACUUCAACGAGACGCAGCCUUGUGAGGCAGGCUGGGAGUAUCCUGAAGACAGGCCCCUGUCCCUAAAGAACGAGUUCAACCUCGUUUGUGGUCAGAAGCACCUGAAGGAGACCUCGCAGUCGGUGUUCAUGGCCGGGCUCCUCACUGGGGCUCUCAUCUUCGGGCCCCUCUGUGACCGGAUUGGCCGCAAGGUCAGUCUCCUGGUGCAGCUGCUACUGUUCGCCCUCCUCGGCCCGACCACGGCCUUCGUGCCCAGCUUUGAGCUCUACAUGGUCCUGCGCUUUGCUGUGGCUACUGCUGUCUCUGGGUUCGCCUUCAGCAACGUCACCCUAAUUACAGAGUGGGUGGGGCCCUCCAGGAGGACUCAGGCUGUGGUCCUGGUCCAGUGCGCCUUCUCCCUGGGUCAGAUGGCAUUAGCAGGACUCGCCUAUGGCGUCCGAAACUGGAGGUAUUUCCAAAUGGCCGGCACCGCACCUGUCUUGCUACUCUUCCUCUACAUCUGGGCUCUGCCAGAGUCAGCACGGUGGCUUCUGACAAGAGGGAGGGUGGAGGAGGCCAAACAAGUGAUCCAGAAGGCGGCCUCCGUCAACAGGCGGAAACUCUCCCCAGAGCUCCUGAGCCAGCUGGUCCCAGAGAAGACAGGCCCCUCAGGGAAUCCCCUGGAUCUGUUCAGACACCCCCGGCUCCGGAAAGUGACCCUGAUCUUCUUCUAUGUCUGGUUUGUGGACAGUCUGGGGUACUUUGGCCUGAGCUUCCAAGUCGGCGACUUUGGCCUGGACAUCUACCUGACGCAGCUCGUCUUCGGAACCGUGGAGGUUCCCGCCCGCUGCUUCAGCAUCUUCAUGAUGCAGUGGUUGGGCCGCAAGUGGAGCCAGAUGCUGACUCUGGUUCUGGGUGGCCUCAUGUGCAUCGGCAUCGUCUUUGUCCCAGCAGAUCUGCCGGUGGUGGUCACUGUGCUGGCCGUGGUGGGCAAGUUCGCCAUGGCCGCCAGCUUUACCGUCUCCUACGUGUACUGUGCCGAGCUCCUCCCCACCGUCAUCCGGCAGACAGGCAUGGGGCUGAUGGGCAUCUCCUCGAGGAUCGGGGGGAUCCUCACCCCUCUCGUGAGCCUGCUGGGCGAGUACCAGGCAGCCCUCCCUAUGCUCAUCUACGGCAGCCUCCCCAUCGGGGCAGGCUUCCUCUGUGCCCUGUUGCCGGAGACACGGGGCCAGCCCCUGAAGGACACCAUCAAGGAGCUGGAGGAGGAGCCCCACCCACGGUCUCUGGAGUCAGCACCUUCAGAAAAGGAAACAGAGGCUUCAGGAAGAACUUGCAGCCCAGGGGUGACCUUCGUGAGCAGCACGUACUUCUGAUUGUGUCCCUGGAGUCGGAGCACAGCGGGGAGCUGCCUGGACACCCCUGGAAAUGGCUGGGGGCUGCCGGCACGGCCCCCCUCGCAGUUGGAGGCAGCACACCCCUGACCUGGUCCCCGUCCCGGCCGCUGGCUGCCCGGUCCUGAAGUGUCUGUGAGGGCCUCCCUCUUCUCGUCACCCCUCACCACCUUCCUCAACCCAGCCCACCCCCACCCCUGUUCUGGGGUCGGGCCUUGAGCGUUUCUUGGGCUUCCCUGGUUCUCUAAUAGACCUGUGGGCUUACGGCUCCUCUAGUUUCCUCAGUCUGGGGUCCCCCUGCCCUCAAAACGUUUAAGCCCAGAGCAGAGCAGAUGGGUAGGGCCUUUCCAAGAACGCGGCAGCAGGGGGAGAGGAAGUUGGAAGCCGCGGCCGGUACCCUGGCCGGUGGGAGAGAAGGCUGUGGAUGGGAAGGUUGUAGUUCCUUCCGGUGGCUGGGCCGGGCCCCGCUGGCUCAGGGGGAGGCCCCACAGGACCCGCCAUCCUGCUGAGAGAGGACUCUGUCUGCUCGAAACCAAAGCUUCAGAGCUGUCCUCUCUUCAAAGAGCCUCCACCCCUGCCCCGCGUUCAGUCCAGCUCGUACCUGGCCUCGUGGCCCAGGGACCAGCAGUGGGGAAAGGGAGGAGGCUGGUUGUUCCCGUCCUCACCUCCCUCUUCCCUUUCACCUCUGCUGCUUCUGGCUCCUGCGGGGCCAGGGGAAAGGGCUUUCUGCUCUGCUGCUGCUGGCCGUGGUUCUUUCCCUGCGUGUACUGGCUGAUCAUCAGCCAGUGUUCCCUGGCAGGCUUCUAACAGCUCCUCCAUGGGGACACAUCGGUGGAUUUCUCAGCGGUGCUCCCAGGACCCCUGCCUUGUUCCUUCAUCCGAGGAGCAUACUCACAGCUGACCUCCAGGGCCCUCUCUUCAGCUCUUGCCCCAGCACUGCGGCCCCCAUCAUGUCUCUUACUGCCAGCAUUCCUCAUCUUACGAGACAGCCCUCCUGGCUGCGUCCCAUCAAGGGACCUCCAGCUAGAGUGCCUUCCCCGGUAGCCACCUGGCCCACAAGAGCACCAUACAUCCUCGCACCAGCAAAGAGUGGAAAAGAGCUUGCCCGGCCUCUUCCCCUCCUGUGCCCUUCCUCCAAGGCCUCCCCAGCUAACUGCCCUGCAGACAGUGAGGUUCCGCCUCUCCCCAGAGGCCCAGGCCUGAAGAGGGGCUCCUUCUGGACCUCCCUCCCUUUCUCCCACUCACCUUCCCUAAUGGAGGCUGGAGGGAGUGCUCCCCAUCUUUGCAAAUCUGGCACGAAGGUCUCCAGCACCUCUUUUGAAUACGCGAAUCUUUAUUGAGGACAUAACAAAAGGCAAGUUGGCACUCCACGUUCCCCUCCCCCAAGGUGGGAGUGGGACACAUGGGACAUUUCUCAGACUCACGACCAAAGGAAGGAAAGAGCCAAUGGUCACCUGAUAAAGAUCACAGUCAUAAAGGACACAAGACUCCAUCAGUUUGUAACUGUCUUCGUGAUUUACAAGAAAAGCACAAUCCUAGGAAUAGUCAGACCUCCAGAAACCUAUAGACUCAAUUUCUUGGAGCCCUAACAUCACCUCCUCCCUUUAUAGGAUAAAAAGCCCUACACGAUCAGUCACUCCUCACACUUAGAAUGCAGAUUUUACUGCCCACGAGUUCUGUCCUCGGACCUUAAUAAAAUCACUCUUCUUUUUGCACCAAAAA